AUGGGCAAACCAAAGGUAUUAAUGGUUCUUUAUGCUGGUGGUAACCAUGCUAAAGAAGAAGCAAAAUUAUUGGGUACUGUUGAAAAUGAAUUGGGUAUUCGUAAGCUUGUUGAGGAACAUGGAUAUGAAUUGGUUACCACUACAGAUAAGGAACCGGCACCAACUUCUGCCUUUGACGAGAAUUUAGAAGAUGCAGAAAUUAUCAUCACCACUCCAUUUUUCCCAGCUUAUGUCAAUAGAGAGAGAAUUGCUAAAGCUCCCAAAUUGAAACUUUGUAUCACCGCUGGUGUUGGAUCCGAUCAUUAUGAUUUGGAUGCUCUUAAUGAAAGAGGUAUCGCUGCUAUUGAAGUUACUGGUUCCAAUGUUGUCUCUGUUGCUGAACAUGCAGUGAUGACCAUGUUGAUUUUAAUUAGAAACUACGGUGAAGGACAUGCACAAGCUAUUAAUGGUACUUGGGAUGUUGCUGCUGUUGCCAAAGACGAAUUUGACUUGGAAGAUAAGGUUAUUGCAACUGUUGGUGCUGGAAGAAUUGGUUAUAGAAUUUUGGAAAGAUUGGUUGCCUUUAACCCUAAGAAAUUGUUGUACUAUGACUAUCAACCAUUGCCAGAAGAAGCCAUUAAUAAAUUAAACGCUGCUUCUAAACUUUUUAAUGGUAUUGAUAACAUUAUUGAAAGAGUUGAAAAGUUGGAAGAUUUGGUAUCUCAAGCUGAUGUUGUUACCAUUAAUUGUCCAUUAUAUGAACAGUCCAGAGGUUUGUUCAACAAAGAUUUAAUUUCCAAAAUGAAAAAGGGAUCAUAUUUGGUCAAUACUGCUAGAGGUGCUAUUGUUGAUCCUGAAGCUGUUGCUGAUGCAGUUAAUUCGGGUCAUAUUGCUUAUGGUGGUGAUGUUUGGCCAGUCCAACCAGCUCCAAAAGAUAUGCCUUGGAGAACUAUGCACAAUCCAUAUGGUAAAGCAUACGGUAAUGCUAUGACUCUUCAUGUCUCUGGUACUUCUUUAGAUGCUCAAGCUAGAUACGCCAAUGGUGUCAAACAAAUCUUGACUGAGUAUUUUAACAAGACUUACAAAUACAGACCACAAGAUGUCAUUUGUAUUGAUGGUGACUAUGCCACUAAGGCUUAUGGUCAAAGAGAAAAGAAGUAA